AUGGCGGAGGCCAGUAUUUCAGUAGAUCAGGAUCAGUUCGUCUGUCCAGUGUGUCUGGAUCUCCUGAAGGAUCCGGUGACUGUCCCGUGUGGUCACAGUUUCUGUAAGGUGUGUAUUAACGGUCACUGGGAUCAGGAGGAUCAGAAGGGCAUCUACAGCUGUCCUCAGUGCAGAGACACUUUCAAUCCAAGGCCUGUUCUACGCAGAAACAACAUGCUGGCUGAAGUGGUGGAGAAACUGAAGAGAAAGACUGAGGUGUCUUCUUGUUUUUGCGAACAUGACGUUGAAUCGUGCAGAAGCAAGAACGAGUUAAUAAUCUCCCACCUUCUUACUGAUAAUGUUAACAAACGCACCUUUACUGAUAACCAGAACACACUCUUUACCCUUCAGAGUGAGGUAAAGAAGGAGCAGAUGAAAUCCCAGCAGAGAAUCCAGGAGAAGCAGAAGAAAGUGCAGGAGCUGAAACAGGCUGUGAACACUAUAAAGCUCAGUGCACAGACAGCAGUGGAGGACAGUGAGAAGAUCUUUACUGAGCUGAUCAGCUCCAUGGAGAAAAAGCGUUCAGAGGUGAUGGAGAUGAUCAGAGCUCAGGAGGAGGCUGAACUGAGUCGAAAUAAACAACUCCUGGAGCAACUGGAGCAGGAGAUCACUGAUCUUCAAAGGAGAGUCACUGAGCUCUCACACCCUGACAUCCAUUUCCUCCAGGUAACACUCAGAUGUUCUCACAGACUCCCUGUAACUCGUUCAGUGGUCUGAUUAGAGGAUUGAUCCCUAUUCUACACCACUUGGCUUCCAGCCUCUCUCUGUAUCGUUCAAACAUGACGACUCGUCCAACAUCUCUGUCCAUCACCACCUCUCGUUUGACGGAGUGAGGAAUUAUCUCUCAGACAUAAAAAAGCAAUUCUUCAACAAAAUCCCUUCAUACGGUAAGAGGAACUCGAACGUCCCCUGAUGAGUAGAAAUGAUUCAUUGGACUGAUCUGAUCACUUAUUUUGCCAAAAUUCCAGUGGUUCUUAAACGUUCUCUGCCAUUUUCCACGUUUAAAAAUUUUUUUGUUUUGAGUGUAAAAAUGUUCUUUUUAAUAGAGAAAAUCAUUAAUUAAGAAAAAUAAUUUAAUAAUAAUAAUAGUGUAUUAUCCCCCAACUGGC